GCCCAGGAGACCAGAGAAUGCCACCGAGAAGGAGUAUGAGCACGCUUGCCCGUAUGUGCCUGCAGAGCAUUGCAGAGAACAUGCAGAGCCUCUGGGUAACGGACUAUGCUGAGAAGUACAUGGAGGAGUACAGCUUCAUGUACGUAGAAGGGCCCUUCAACCAGCUGGCCGGACCGUUGGUGCAGGAGCUGAUAAAAAUUCUUGGAGAGUCUCACAAGUUGACCAGGGCCGGCCUUCACCUCCUUCUCCAGCCCCACCUCACAGAGCUGAGUCUGCACUACUGUUCUGGACUCAUCAAUAAAGCAAUCAUAGAUCUGGUGACUGUGCGCUGCAAGUUCCUGACAUCUCUGGACUUGCACUCCUGCAGCCGUGUGCCUGCUGGGUCCCUGGCCAUCCUUGUUGGAAGGUUACCACGUCUUAUGAAACUUUGUCUCUCGGAUACUCAGUGUGAUUCGCUUGCUUUGGCCACCAUCGGUUCCUGCUGUCAGCGACUCCGUGAAUUGGACAUAUCCAGGUGCAGAAAGCUUUCUCCAUCUUCCUUGCUGUCCCUGGUGUAUGAUAGUAAACGGGCCACAUUCUCAUGCCAGGCUCUCAAAGUACUGCUGCUACAAGACGUGAAGCCACAAGGAGACUUGGAGCAGUGGGUAAAUGCUUUAUGUUAUAUUUUGCUGGCCCUUCCCAGCCUAGAGCAACUCUCCAACCCCUCGGUGCUCAGUGCCCUACGACUCAUACAUACUGGUCGUUUUUCCCAUGGUGGUACCUUCACCGACAGCUUCCCUUCACUGGCUGAGGUUGCACGCAGAAGAGUGGCCAGGAAAAGUGGGUGUAAUGGACUAGUGAACGUGAGGGACAGUCAGUCACAGAAAGCAGAGUAUGAGCAGGAGUCAGAUACGCUCAGAGGAAAAGAGAACUGGAAUGGCACUGCUGGUAUCAGCCUGCAUCUGAGAAAGCUGGAGGAUCUGGAGGAGGAAGAUGUGUCCAGUCUGGGAUCUUUGUGCCAAGAGGUGGAAGAGGCUGCCAUCACCCUAGGGAUCCAGACUGUAAGUGCUUGGAGUCUGGUCCAGUGGCCAAACCUCACCCAGCUGACUCUGCAUUCCCCAGAACAGCCCAACAGGAUGUUGGAAGAAAUGCUGACAAGUCUACAUGCCAUAGGGAACAGUCUACGCGUCCUGUCUCUACAGAAUUUGCUCUGGGGCCAGGAGGAAUCAUUGUCUACCCUGCUCACCUGGUGCCCAAACCUGCAGAGCUUCCAGGGUCACUUCACUGUGCUCUCCCAGACUUUAUUCCACAAUGACCCUGAACUCCCCCCCUGGGCAAGGAAACCCCUUCCGCUACCUCAUCUGCACACGUUCAACUUUCUUCUGGAAGGUGAAGACUCUCUGCACCCUACCUUUCAGCAUCAACUGGGGGGCUUCUUGGUAGCGCUUUUGCAGGGGUGCCUCAAACUGGAAUGUCUCUCUCUUUGUGGUGUUCCUACGUCCCUUGAUAGUGUGUUUGAGGUUGUCUAUGCAUCAAGCCCACCUCACCCUCUCCAGAGGCUGAGCGAGGUAUCCCUCUGUCACAGUAAUGUCACGCAGUGGGGAGCUUCUCUGCUACUUAGAUCAAAAAAUGACUUAAGCCAUCUAGACUUGUCCCAUUGUAAGGAUGUCACAUGCAGGGACUACCACAAGCUCCAGGAGAUGGCACGGAAGGAAGGGUCUAACAUCAGUAUCUCAUGGCAAUAA